AUGCCUACCUUGAAGCAACGAAAGGUGGCCAUCGUGGGCAGUCGAUCCGUUGGCAAAUCAUCGCUGGCCGUGCAGUUCGUCGAUGGUCACUUCGUCGACAGCUACUACCCCACGAUAGAGAACACCUUCAGCAAGACGAUCCAGUAUAAGGGCCAGGAUUACGUCACGGAGAUCGUCGAUACCGCGGGACAGGAUGAAUACAGCAUUCUCAACUCCAAGCACUUCAUCGGCAUCCAUGGCUACAUGCUAGUCUACUCAGUGUCGUCCCUGCCAUCCUUUGAAAUGGUCCAGGUCGUCCGCGAGAAAAUCCUUAAUCAUCUAGGUACAGAGUCCGUUCCCAUCGUCAUAGUAGGUAACAAGAGCGACCUCCGACCAGAGCAGCGCCAAGUCAGCCCCGAAGAAGGCAAGAAGCUGUCAGAAAAGUUCGACUGCGGCUGGACCGAGGCCAGUGCAAGGUACAACCAAAACGUCGGCAGGGCGUUUGAGCUCUUGAUUGCCCAGAUUGAGAAAUCUCAGAACCCUGGCGAGCCCCCUGCCAAGAGCAAUUGCAUUGUGAUGUAG